AUGGAUGUGGGCUUGGCCGUUGAUGGCCUGCUCCUGGUAUUUGGCACGCUGUUCUAUCUCUUGACAAGACUUCUCUCCUACGUGCUGUAUCUCCUCCAUAUCUUGGUAUCGCCGUUGCUGUAUCUGGGACACGGCGUACUCACGAUAGUGCUGCUUCCGCUUCGACUCCUGGUCAAGUUCGAGGCCAUUCUUUAUUUCAUGACUGGAGCGGUGCUCACGGGGGUCACCGUAGGCCUGGUCCUACACUACACCGGUGAUGCCUUAUCGCAGCUCCUGCGGCUGCCAUCCAGCAGCUCAGAACCUCCUUCAACCGACUUAAUAGACCUAAAAGAGCCACAGCUUGAUUGGGAGACCAAAUGGAGGGACAAUUACCAGUCCUCAACCAUUUUGGAAGAAGAAGAGAACAGCCAGAGCUCUGACGAUUUUAAGGAUUGA